UGAGGGGACACUGGGAAGAAGAGAGCAAACUGACGCUCGCGGCCUUGGGGUCCGCUGUCCAUUGCCAGGGUCAGAAGUUGGCCCUGUGUUUGGUCUUUACGAUGAAAGAAAACCGCGGGAGAGCGCUGAGUGGUGGAGAACUACAUUCAGCCAGUGGGCAUGAAAAUGAAUUUUAGCGGCUAUGUGCGAAAACCCUAGGUGUGCGGACAGAAGGGAGCCAGCCAGAAGGUGACAACAGGUCAGGAAUAAAUAACCACCGGGUGGAAGAUCCCAGAUUCAGUCCUUCCUUUUGUUGGGUGAGGAGCGCCAGGCAAACGCGUCCACAAAGGCUUUGGAAAGAAGCGGUUCGACCAUACACACUCGGCGCCAGCCGCGUCCUACAGGCAUGGAUGGGAAGAAAUGCAGUGUAUGGAUGUUUUUACCUCUUGUGUUUACUCUGUUUACUUCAGCUGGAUUGUGGAUAGUAUACUUUAUAGCUGUAGAAGAUGACAAAAUUUUCCCAUUAAAUUCAGCUGAAAGGAAACCUGGUGUGAAGCAUGCACCAUACAUAAGUAUUGCAGGUAAUGAACCUCCUGCAAGCUGUGUAUUUAGUCAAGUCAUGAACAUGGCAGCAUUUCUAGCUCUUGUGGUAGCUGUUCUGCGCUUCAUACAACUGAAACCAAAGGUCUUAAAUCCGUGGCUGAACAUUAGUGGAUUGGUGGCGCUGUGUCUCGCAUCCUUUGGGAUGACCUUACUUGGUAAUUUUCAGCUUGCGAAUGACGAAGAAAUCCAUAAUGUUGGAACUUCCUUGACCUUUGGAUUUGGCACAUUGACCUGCUGGAUCCAGGCUGCACUGACCCUCAAAGUCAACAUCAAGAAUGAAGGAAGGAUAGUUGGAAUUCCACGAGUUAUUCUCUCAGCAUCCAUCACUCUCUGUGUGGUCCUCUACUUCAUCCUUAUGGCCCAAGGCAUCCACAUGUAUGCAGCCAGGGUCCAGUGGGGCCUGGUCAUGUGCUUCUUGUCUUACUUCGGCACCUUUGCUGUGGAGUUCCGGCAUUACCGUUAUGAGAUUGUCUGUUCCGAGUACCAGGAGAACUUCCUAAGCUUCUCAGAAAGCCUAUCUGAAGCUUCCGAAUACCAAACCGACCAGGUGUGACCUACCUGUUUUACUUGCUGGUGAGGUGGGUGUGACAGUAGGGCAGGGGCCAGGAGGACACACCCACAGGACUUGACACAACCUCAUGACACAUUUUACACGCACAUGCACACGCACGCACAUGUUCAUGGCCACAUUUGCCAAAUGAACUUUACAGGGCGAGUUAGUUUUUUAAUGAAAAAGCACAAGCCCUUAUGUGUCAAAACAUACGCAGUUACAAUGAAAAUAUAUGCACGAUAGAGCAAGCA